AUGACAAACACUGGAGUGAUAGACGAACAUGGGAAUUUUCCAGCUCUGCAAACCCAAAGUGGCGUCUCCAUCAUCAAUGGAAACUGGGUGAUCGACAGGCCUGGCAUCUACACUGCUCUGGGAACUCAGCUGACAUACCGACGACCAAAUGAGAUCCGCUCUCGCAACGGAGAGUCCAUCACUGCACCAGGACCGCUGACCGAGGACCUGCAUGUUUAUGUGUUCUGGGAGUGUGUUGAGCAGGAUUCCAAGGCGACUGUUCCUGCUGACCUUUGCGAUCCCUCCACUGAACCAACAAACCGGGAGGAGGACUGCAACAUCCAGUCCUGCCCUGCAUACUGGGAUGUGGGGGAGUGGUCCGAGUGCAGCAGGAGGUGUGGGCCUGGCACUCAGCAUCGCCAGGCCAUCUGCCGCCAGGUCACCCACGUCCAAGUCAACGGGACGGAGACUGCGGUUACCGUGACACCGGUGCUGUGCGGGUCGACCGAUAGACCGGUGACCAAGUCGACAUGUCAGCUGAAGAUCUGCAGUCAGUGGGAGAUAAGAUCUGAGUGGAGCCCUGUGAGAAAAAGCACACACAUGUCAUUAUUACUAGCACACAACUACACUGUUUGCUCAGUGCCAUGUGGAGUGGGCCAGCGCAGCAGGGAGGUGGUGUGUGUGAGCAACCUGGGUGAUGUGGAUGACGACCAGGAGUGUAACAUGAACCUAAAGCCUGACACUCUACAAAACUGUGAUAUGGGAGCCUGUGCACGCAGCUGGUUCACCUCCCUCUGGAGCCAGCGGUGCUCUGCAGAGUGUGGUAAAGGCAAUCAUACCAGGUCGGUAGUUUGCCUGAUGGAUCACGUGACGGAUCUCCCACUGGACAGCUGUGAAGGGGAACGCCCACCAGAGGGGACGUUAUGUGACUCAGGCCCCUGCCAAAACCGGCUGGAGUGGUAUACAGGACCGUGGGGUCAGUGUUCGACAGAGUGCGGGACUGGCACACAGACCCGGAGUCUGGCUUGCAUUUUCAUCAACGAUGGUCAAAUGGAAGUUGUGGACCAGUUGAAAUGUUCCACCCUGGCUCAGCCAAUCACAGCUCAGCUGUGCAUAUUGAAGCCGUGUGGCGUCCAGUGGUACAUCACAGAGUGGAGUUCGUGUUCACGCUCCUGCAGCGGAGGCUACCGUGUACGUGAGGUUCGUUGUCUAACUGACAACAUUGUCCCAAGCGAUCGCUGUGACCCCAAUUCGAUGCCGGAGAGUCGAGAAGAAUGCAACAAACAACCCUGUCUAGCAGAAAUAGAUCCAUCAUGCAGCGAUCAGUAUCAUAACUGCGUGGUGGUGGUUCAAGCCCGACUCUGCAUUUAUCCGUACUACAGGAGCGUCUGCUGCGCCUCCUGCUCUCGUGCUGAGAAAACACACCCCAACUCAUUUCAGAAAAACUACAUCCGCAGGUGAUACUGUCCCAGAAAGGUUAAAUUCACUUCAGGUCAUUCCUGGGAAAAAACAGUACUGUGAUGUUGACAGCUAGCGUUAUCUGGAGGGUGCCUCAGUGUGAGAAUGUAGACUGUGAUUUUAUAUUUAGUCAGCCAGCCUGCCACUGAUACAUGAACUGGGAAAUCAGCUACUUGUUUCUGUUAAGCCACAGAAUAAAUACUGUUAUUCAACUGAGAUCUUAGUGCAUCGGACACCAAACUGUACAAAAACCUCAUGACAACACAUGCACCCACACAAACUUUUAUGGGAAUUUCAUUAUGAUCAAAUCUAGAUUUCCGUUAAUAUUGUACCUUUAAACUGGACUGGUCACACUGGGUGAUGUACUUCUAUAUUUAUUCUUAAUAAAGGCUGUAUAACGUCUGGUAUUCCGCUGUAUUUCGUAGUACUACAGAGGUUACAGAAAACAUUUAACUGUUUGCAUGUUACUUGCUGUCUCAACCCUCCACUGAUCACAACAAGCACAAAGUAUUUUCUCAGUUUUAGUUUCAAUUUGUAAAGAAAAAAAAUCUUAUAAAAGUAAUGAAUUAUCCAAAAACAUCUCUGCUCUUUCAGAUAUGUUAAAUUCAAACCUAUUGUACCUGCUGUAGUCUCAGGAACCAGUGGUUUCAAGUUCUGUAAUUGAAUGAGGAGACACUUUAAUAGAUAGACUGACCGGCAAAGUACAUGAUCAUAAAGAGAACAUUAAAGAUCAGUUGGUUGCAGUUGUGGUAUUACUUAAGCACACCACCAAAGUUUGUAUUUAAAACUGGAUUAAAUGCUUGUUAAAAUAAAUGCAUGCAAAGUCUACAACUGCACUUAUUUAUGUGCUGUAACAUCAAAACAGAUUCA